AUGACAACGGUUUCAAUAAACGAUCAGGACUGUGCCGUGGACAGAGCGAUACUUACGAAGACCAAGUCAAUUGCAGUAGCUCCUGUAGUCGAUCUUCAGAAAGAGCGUGAGAUUGAUGAGGUUAUGGAGUUCCUCAAGUUUAGUGUCAAGCCGAGUACGAGUUUUGGGGGCACGAUCUUGUUCAAGUUCAAGACCUCUGAUGACGCCGUGCCAAAGUCCACGUAUGCUGUGGAAAUAAAUGAUACGAAGCAGGUGGUUACGCAAAAGAACGUGAGCGCUAGUGACGUGCAUCCCAAGUGCGAAGUGACCAUUUCCAUGGACGACUUUUUGUGGAUUUACUCGGGAAAGGCGACCAGCUCCGAUUUGAUUAAGCUUUUCUACGCUGGACGCGUAGCCAUCAGUGGAUACGCAUUCAGAUCAGUGUCAAAGUUUGCCCAGAGCUUUGAUUUCUCGUCCGAAAAGUGGCAAAGCUUUUAUGCCUGGCGGAAGAUGCAGAAUGAGAAGAACGAUUGCAAUCGAUCGCCGGGUGUGUUAGAGAAGGUGAAGAAUAUUGGCUCAAUGUCGAGCGAUUACUGGUAUAGCCAUGUCAGGACUAUAUUAGACGGCUACAACUGGACCGGACUGCAACGUAUGCUGUGGGAGACGUCGCUGACAAAUUUGUUUGGAGUAAAGGUUGUUUUGGAUAGUAUGCGGCAUACACCAGUCCGUAACAAGAAAGACAACUUUGACAGAUUCACCGAUAUUGCAAAUGUUGUUGGUGGUGGAUCUGUGUCGGCGGUAUUGAAACGACGCGCGACAGGCGCAAUCACACCAGGUCAGCUUCACUACGAGCGAAAAAUGCGCGCAGAGCUAAAGCGCUUUUUGUGCCCUUGUGCUAAACAGUCGGCUGCGGUUGUCGAGUCGCUUGCGCUGGACAAUUCUAAGCAGACGGCGCGUGUCAUGUUUGACUUUUUCGACGAGGACUACGUUGUGGAUGUGAAGCGCAGUGCGAGAGAGCGUCAGCAGCGUCGCCACCACCGCAAUCGCGUUGAUCUAGGUGAUGCCGGUAUGGCGCAACUGGACAAGCUCGUCCAGGUAAUUGGGAAGGGUGGUCAUUCAAAUUUGAAGCGAGAUAAUCGGUCCAAGUACGUGCCGGCACCCGAGCUUCUCCUGCGUGAGUUUCGUAUCAACGUGACUGUACUUAUGGACAUUCUGAAGGAGAAAGCAUCAGGUCGCAAGUCCCUCCACAAGAUCCCUGCGCCGCAAAUGGAGUGGCUAGUGCGCAAUGGGCAUACGGGUAACAUGAUGAUUACGGAGAGCAACAGCAAGAUGGCGACUGUCCCGUCUCUUUAUUCGUCUGCACUGCCGAGCUUGCCUCAAAGUAUAAUAGUGGAAGUGGAUCGCGCUAAGAUCGCACGGAAUCGAAAACGCUUUGACAUACCCAAGCAGCGUAUGAAGGCCAAGUUUGCGAAGAUUUCCCGCGAGUUGUCUAAUCAACGGAAUCCCGCUAUGAGUAAUAUGGACGAUUACUUGUUAUUGUCCGACUACCUGUAA